AUGUCUGCUGGUACGGAAGUUCCAAACAUGUCAGCCUCAACGACAAGCGUGUUGGGCAAGGUGAGGCGGAUAGUCCCGCCUUUGCUCGAUACGUUUCAUAAAGAAACAACCGAGAAGCUAACAAGAGAUACCGUAGGCCAGCUGGGUAGAGUUGCUGUCAUUGGAGGCAGCGAAGACUACACCGGGGCGCCGUACUUUUCGGCCAUGGCGAGUGCACGAUUAGGAUGUGACAUGUCACACGUUAUAUGCACCCCUGCAGCUGCGGCGGUCAUCAAGACAUACUCCCCCAAUCUUAUGGUGCACCCACUCAUGCGCCAGUCGUCAGGCAAGGAUGAGACAGACCCCGAUCCCGACCAAGUAGCGCAGAAGAUCAACGAGAUGCUGGGCCGUCUGCAUGUCUUAGUCGUUGGUCCCGGACUGGGCCGUGAUCCCAUCAUGCAAGCAACAGUGGCUCGGGUCAUCAAGGCCGCUAGAGAGGCUAAGAUGCCGGUGGUCAUGGACGCCGAUGCCCUGCAGCUCGUGCAGAAGGACCCAGACGUGAUCAGGGGCUACAAGUAUGCAGUUUUGACACCCAACGUCGUCGAGUUCAAGCGACUGUGCGACGCACUCAAAAUCGACGUCGGCGACCAGACGAGCGAGACGGGCAAAGUUGAAAAGCUGGCCCAAGAACUGGGCGGCGUGACGAUUAUCCAAAAGGGCGCCAAGGAUUUUAUAUCCAACGGUAAUGUGACUCUAGUGAGCGACCUCGAAGGAGGGAAGAAGCGAAGCGCCGGACAGGGCGACACUCUGACCGGAGCUAUUGCCACGUUUCUGGGAUGGCGCAAGGCGUAUCAUGACGGUUUAUGGAAGGAUCCUGAGAAACCAGCUCUGGAAGAGGAUGAGACGAUGGGCUUGGCGGCAUUCGCUGGGAGCGCCAUAACAAGGGAGUGUUCACGGUUGGCCUUUGGCAAAAAGGGACGGAGCCUGCAAGCAAGUGAUCUAACGGAUGAAGUACAUUCUGCCUUCCUGGGAUUCUUUGGCGAAGUUGAUGGCGAUACUGCAAGGCUAUGA